AUGCGAUAAAUAUAUAAUAUAGUUAACUAACUUAAAUUUGAAAACAUGUUUGUUUUUAUAAAAAAACGUAGUAAUUAAAAUAUGAAAAAUUAUUUCUUUGUAAAAUAAAAUGCAAAAGUUGACAAAUGAUAAAAGGAUUAUACGAAAAAAAUUGCUAAUUCUCCAAAAAAGCGCGGUGGAAAAUGGCUUGAAUGGCGAAUUGCUAAAGCAGUAUAAUUACAUCUGCAAUUUCAAUAAUGAGACUGCAAUAAAAGGAACAAAUAGAAAGUUAAUAAUAGCAUUAGUAACAAUUUUUAUGGUGUUAGCUAUUUGCGGCAGCUCGUUAAAUAGUAUUUUAAGCUCAAGAUGUUUGUUACCUAGUAAUUACUUGGUGUGGGAGGCGACGCGGCCCCUGGCAGAUUGUACAUAUUGCGAGAAUGUUACGAAACCUAUUAUAUUAAGGAACGUCACGCGUCACAAUUUUGCUGAAUAUUCAUAUUCUUCCAAACCUAUAAUAGUUAAGAAUGCAAUUAGUCAUUGGAAAGCAAUCAAAGAGUUUAAUUAUAAUACAUUUAAAAGACUAUACGAAGAAACUAGUGGAAGUUAUGAGAGUCUUGAAGAUGGUUGUCAGUUUCUUAACUUCAAAACAGAUUUGUUUACACUGAAAGAAGUGUUUGAUAUGCCUGAAGCUAGAGUAAGGAAUGAACCAGGCCAUAAGCCUUGGUAUGUGGGAUGGGGCAAUUGUCAUCCUGACAUAUUAUCAAGAGUACGACAGUAUUAUAGUAAUCCUGAGUUUCUGCCUGAUGAUGCAGAGUUCCCGGCCACAGAAAAUAUAUUUUUCGGGUAUGAAAUGGGAGCAGUGAUGCAUUUGGAUUAUAUACCAAGACUGAUGUGGCAGGGACAGGUGAAAGGGAACAAGAAAUGGUCAAUAGCACCUGUUCCCGAAUGUGAUCAUGUGUGCCAAAAGUUUCAGUAUUUUGUGGAACCUGGAGAUGUUGUGUUACUGGAUACUCGUGUUUGGUACCAUGCAACAACAAUUCCAAAGGGAGAAUUCUCCCUGACGGUUCAAUCAGAAUAUGGAUAAUUUUCAUUUUACACUUCUUUAGUACAAAAUAAUUAUUUACAUAUCAAGAUGCCAAAUUUAUACUAUCUCUUUAUUUAUACACUAUUUAUUACUUUUACUAUUUGAUCAUGUGCCAUUUUAUGUAGUUUAACUACUGUGACUUUUAAAUAUGCAAUAUUGUUUUUACAAAUUAUUUAUACCUAUUUUCUUUUUGUAGGUAAAUAAACUUUAUAUGAUAUUUAUCACUUUAUUGAAGUUUCAUUUCUGUAACUAUUUAUAUGAGUAAUAUGUUCCAGAGUUAAUAAUUAAAUAAUAAACAAUGUGUUUGUUUAAAACGUUGUAUUUGUCUAUUCUAUUAUUAAAAUUUUUCAGUGAAGGAUUGGCGUCAAAACUUAUGCAUGUACUUAUUUAUUUUUUAAUACACAAUAAUUUUAAAACCACUACAAUCAUCACAAAUUACUCUAAACAUCAAUAAGAAAUGACAGUCAAUUAUGCAAAAAGUUCUGUCCAAUUCUUCACUAAAAUGUAAUGUUCCAAUAGAGAUCAGGUUUGAAACUUGAAGGGUCAAUAAGCUCAUGGAUAUUUAUCCAGAUUAAAAUAACAUUAAUAGAUUCAUUGUAAAA